ACGUCUGCCCGAAUGGAGAGGAAACACCUCACUUGAUUCUCAGGAUCCAUGGCUCGCGGCGCGAAAGACAUUUAGGAAUGUUAUUUGCAUUUUUAACGAAAAAGAGCUAAAGUGAUAGUGUUAUUCCAGCGAUGUGAUUAUGAUACGAUUACAUUGCAUACACAGUCAGCGUGAUUUGCUAUGGUGACACUACAAGCUAACCCCAAGCUAACAGAGGGAUUGUUUUUGGAGAUAUCUUUUUGAAAAACGCAUACGCUGACACAUGAAUUAGAUACUUUUUGUGAAUUUUCAUCAAGCUGGAACACAAAGGGGAAUGUCUAGCCAAGGAGUGCGGAGAAAUGGCCCAGUGAAGCUGCGGUUGACAGUCCUGUGUGCAAAGAACCUGGCAAAGAAAGACUUCUUCCGGUUGCCAGAUCCUUUUGCCAAAGUGGUGGUGGAUGGCUCAGGACAAUGCCACUCUACAGAUACUGUGAGAAAUACGCUUGACCCGAAGUGGAACCAGCAUUAUGACCUAUACAUUGGAAAGGCAGACUCAAUCACCAUCAGUGUAUGGAACCACAAGAAGAUCCACAAAAAGCAGGGCGCAGGUUUCCUGGGCUGUGUCCGCCUCCUGUCCAACGCCAUCAACAGACUCAAAGACACUGGCUAUCAAAGACUGGAUCUGAAUAAGCUGGGUCCCAAUGACAAUGAUACUGUGAGAGGACAAAUAGUUGUAAGUCUUCAGUCGAGAGAUCGCAUUGGCACAGGAGGGCCGGUGGUGGACUGCAGUCGCCUGUUUGACAAUGACUUACCUGAUGGCUGGGAAGAGAGAAGAACAGCUUCUGGAAGGAUACAGUACCUAAACCACAUCACACGUACCACGCAAUGGGAGAGACCUACCAGGCCGGCAUCGGAGUACUCCAGCCCAUCAGGGCGUCCGCUGAGCUGUGUGGUGGAUGAGAACACGCCAGUGAUGACACCUGUUAAUGGGGCAGAGGCCAGUGGCCCGCCGGGUGAACAGAGGAUCCAGGAGAGACGGGUUCGAUCGCAGCGGCACCGUAACUACAUGAGUCGAACACACCUGCAUACACCACCCGACCUGCCAGAGGGUUACGAGCAAAGAACAACGCAGCAGGGUCAGGUCUACUUCCUCCACACGCAGACUGGAGUCAGCACCUGGCAUGACCCCCGGGUGCCCAGGGACCUAAGCAAUGUGAACUGCGAGGAGCUAGGCCCGCUGCCACCAGGCUGGGAGAUCAGAAACACAGCCACCGGCCGCGUCUACUUUGUCGACCACAACAAUCGAACAACACAGUUCACAGACCCGCGACUAUCUGCUAACCUGCAUCUAGUACUCAACCCAAGUCCAAAUGGUUCCCGUGUGGCCAUGGACAGCCAAAACACUAACCUCAGUCAUCCGACUCAGUUGAAGGACCAGGGUGUUCCUGGGGCACCUCAGCAACCUCUGUCGCCAGCCCAGCUGCCUGAAGAGGCUGAGUGCCUAACGGUGCCCAAGUACAAGAGAGACCUGGUGCAGAAGCUGAAGAUUCUGCGGCAGGAACUUUCUCAGCAACAACCCCAGGCUGGCCACUGCCGCAUCGAGGUCUGCCGUGAGGAGAUAUUUGAGGAGUCGUACCGGCAGGUGAUGAAGAUGCGUCCAAAGGAUCUCUGGAAAAGACUGAUGAUCAAAUUCAGAGGAGAAGAGGGACUGGACUAUGGUGGGGUGGCAAGGGAAUGGUUAUACCUGCUGUCCCACGAGAUGCUGAACCCUUACUACGGCCUGUUCCAGUACUCCAGAGAUGACAUCUACACUCUACAGAUUAACCCCGACUCUGCUGUCAACCCAGAGCACCUGUCGUACUUCCACUUCGUGGGUCGAAUCAUGGGCAUGGCGGUGUUCCAUGGCCACUACAUUGACGGAGGCUUCACUCUGCCCUUCUACAAACAGCUGCUGGGCAAACCGAUAACGCUGGACGAUAUGGAGUCUGUCGACCCAGACCUCCACAACAGCCUUGUCUGGAUCCUGGACAACGACAUCACUGGUGUCCUGGACCACACUUUCUGUGUAGAGCACAAUGCCUAUGGAGAAAUCAUCCAACAUGAGCUCAAACCCAACGGCAAGAGUAUCCCCGUCUCAGAGGACACCAAGAAGGAGUAUGUCAGGUUGUAUGUGAACUGGCGUUUCCUGCAUGGCAUCGAGGCUCAGUUUCUGGCCCUGCAGAAGGGCUUCAAUGAGGUUAUUCCUCAACACCUGCUCAAGUCAUUCGAUGAGAAAGAACUGGAGCUGAUAGUGUGCGGCCUGGGAAAGAUUGACAUCUCUGACUGGAAGUCCAAUACCCGUCUGAAGCACUGCACCCCCGACAGCAACAUCGUCAAGUGGUUUUGGAAAGCCGUGGAGUCGUUUGACGAGGAGAGGAGGGCCCGGCUGCUGCAGUUUGUUACUGGCUCAUCCAGAGUCCCGCUGCAAGGCUUCAAGGCUUUACAGGGUGCUGCAGGGCCCAGACUCUUCACCAUUCAUCAGAUCGAUGCAAACACCAACAACCUGCCCAAAGCCCAUACCUGUUUCAAUCGGAUUGACAUUCCGCCCUACGAGAACUAUGACAAGCUGUAUGACAAGCUGCUGACGGCGAUCGAGGAGACCUGUGGCUUUGCAGUGGAAUGAGAGACGCAUUGGAGAGCGUGUUUGUGUGUGAACAUGUGUUAUCACGCGCAGGUCUCGAGGCUAUUCUCGUCACUGCGACGUGCCGACAGGCUCAGUAAGAGCCUGAUAUGUGUGUCUUUGACCAGUCUGCAGUCUUCCUCUUCUCUCACCGCUCUUCACAUUCUUCCUUUACGGAUAUCUGUUUGAACAGCUGCUAGAGAGUCACCCCCCAUCUUUUAUUUUCCAGUCAUUUAUUUGUUGGGGGGUUUGUUUUGUUUUGGUGUAGUUUGUGUGAAAUACAGAGAGCAAAUUAAGAGCUGUAGCAUUUCUUUCAACAGCUGUGAGUUUGCAUUUAGAAAAAAGAAACUGUCCGGUCAUCCGCUUUAAAUCUAAUCAAAUCAGAAAGCAGUUCAUCAUGUUACAAUUCAACAUAUUGCAAAAGGGUUUCUUUUAAAAACUCUCCCUAGACAUUUGAGAACAGUGUCACUGUUUUGUGUUGCAGUUUAAAGUAAUUGAAUUGAUCCUUGUCGUGCUACUGAAUCUUUCACACUGCAGGUAGCCAUAUCUUGCCCUUAGUAGCCUUCUUGACCUCAACCAACACACCCUCCGAUCCUCAUGGCUGCAGAGUUAGUGUGCUUUAUCUUCUGGAGCCCCACAAAUUCAUCCUACCUCAGUAUGUGAUGCUUUCAUAUUUGAAGGGUUUCAUUCCAAAAUGCUACGUAUUCUCCUUUGGAAAGUUCAUUUAAUUCAGAUUCAAAGUAGAAGAUCCUUAGUUUUUACAGCAAUGUUCUGCGGUUCAUUUAAUGGUCAUACCAGCAGUCAAUUUGUAACUGCAAAACCAUAUAAUUUAAAUAGUGAGAACAUCAUUUUGAAAUGGAACCCGUACAGACUGACUUGGAUGUGGGUCUGAUGUUUUGUGGCGUUUUUGGAGUCGAGCUUCUGGUGGGUUGUUUAAAGCUGAGGGACGGACUCUGGAAGAAGAAUCUUGUUGUUUUCCCUUAAUCACUGCAGUGCGGCCAUAGCUCUUGUAAACGUGUGUCCGUACGUUUCUGCAUGUGUGUACAAUUGCGCGCUUGUACGUGAGGAAGGUAGACUUGUUGUCGAUGAAUUCUCCACCGCCUCUACUAGCCCAGUAUCCUGUAUUUGCAGCUGUAGAGCUGACUGAACCUCACUUUUUGAGCCUGGUUCGUCUUCCUUUUCUCAUUCACACAUUUGCCUCCAGCAGUUACAAAGUAUGCAUGUUUUUUAUUUUUUAUUUCACCCAACCCAGCAUAACCCAGCACACUGCCUGUCAGUUUAUAUGUGAAAAGGGCACAACUGUCCAUGGGACCAGGCUUGAUAAAAAGCUAUUAUAAAGGCAGGCGUUUAAUUUCAGUCACAUCAUCAGUUUAAAAAGGCAGAAGUCUUUCUUUUUGUCUGUCUUUCAUUUUUGUCACUUUAGAGCACUUUACAAACUGAGCAGUGAUGGCAGGAGUGCUUUCUUCACAUUAGAUUAAAAUAUAUCAUGUUUUAUUUGCUAUAUGACUACAUUAGAAAUAUAGAGUAAAAAGUAUCUAUACACCUGUAAUUUUUGAGUAUAUAUGUACAAAUACAUAGCUAUUUUGUAUAUUGUUGCUUGUUCUUUUUUGUUCAAUUUAAAUGCAAGCAUGUUGGUGUCUGUCACAGACCUCUUUGCAUUCUCAGGUGAAGUUGUCUUUUUUCUUUUCUUUUUUUUUUUUUUUUUUUUUACAUUUAUUAGGCUAGCAUGUGAGGAGGGGUAAAACUGGUUUUAAUAGAAGCUAUAUUUCAGAGGCCCUGUCUUUAAACCCAUGUCAGAGUUGGCAGUUUGAAGUGAUCUUUUCUUUUGGUCAAUCGCUUUCACAUAUUAACACACACAUACGUUCAUAGGAGAACAUGAAUGGCCAUAUUUGCCGCUCUGGAGGUCUGUUUCACCACUGAAUGCCAAACAGCACAGAGCCACAAUAUUGUUUGAUGUGCGGGGAGGGGGGAAAUGGACUGAAUGCUGAUGGUGGCCUCAAAUCCACAGAGCUGCAAAUGUUGAACGCUGACUGCUGCUGAACUCCUAGGUGCUACACGGUGAAAAUGUUUAACCAAAAUGAAAAGUUCAAAAAAAAAAAAAAAAAAACAGAGGCAGCAGUGAGGAGCACCGCCAUCCAAAGAAAACCCUCUGCAUGAAUGGAUGCUUCAGAGAUAAAGCCUGUUUAUCUGCAUAAUUAUUACUCUUAGAAAAAAUCGGUUCAAUGUUCUUUUUCAUAUUUACUGUUGAAGUCGGACAUUUACAUAGACUUUGUCAUUAAAACUCAUUUCGUAACCAUUCCAUAGCUUCCAUGUUAACAAACUGCAGUUUUGGGAAGUUGGUUAGGACAUCUACUUUGUCCAUGACACAAAUCAUUUCUCUCAACAACAAUUGUUAGAAUUCACCAUGUCACAAUUCCAGUGGGUCAAAUGUUUGCAUACACUGAGUUGACUGUGCCUUUAAAAACAAAAACAAAAACAAAAAAAAACUUGGAAAAUUCCAGAAAAUUAUAUCAUGGCUUAGAUGUUUAUAAUAGGCUAACUGACACUAUUUAGUCAAUUGGAGGUGUACCUGUGGAUGUAUGUUAAGGCCUACCUUCAAACUCAGCACUUCUUUCUUUGACAUAAUGGGAAAAUCAUAAGAAAGGGAAAAAAGUGACCCUCAAGAAGUCUGGUUCAUCCUUGGGAGCAAUUUCCAAACACUUCCAAAGUCGUGGCAAAACGACAACAAAGUCUGACCUCAAUCCAACAGAACAUGUCUGGACAAAACUGAGAAAGCCUACAAACCUGGUUCAGUUACAGCAGUUCUGCCAAAAUUCCAGCAACUUAUUGUGAGCAGCUUGUGGAAGGCUACCUGAAACACCUGACCCAAGUGAAGAAAUAUAAAAUAAGUAAGUAUGUAAACUUCUGACCCACUGGGGAUGGGAUGAAAGAAAUAAAGGCUGAAAUAAAUAAUUCUCUCGACUAUUAUUCUGACAUUUCACAUUCGUAAAAGAAAGUAGUGAUCCUAACCAUUCUUAGGCAGCGAAUGUUCGCAAGGAACGUCAGGAAUUGUGAAAAACCUGAAAUGAAUUCGGGUCACGUGUAUGUAAACUUCCGACUUAAACUGUAUUCUGCCUGCAUUUAUUUGUUACCAUGAACAAUUUGUUAGUUUAACGCUAACAAACUGUUGGUCACUAGCUGGUACUCAGAAAGAGUUUUGUUUGUUUUGUUUUUUUUAUGGUCAUCAGACAAAACAAAACAAAAAAUGGACUACAUUGAAAUUGUCAUCUUUGUACAGUUACAGAGGAUUUAUUUGAUUUACCCUUUGAUAACCUGACUCAGAGGCAGAAAAGAAAUGCAUUACAAGUUUGAUUGCACACGUUAUGCAUACUUGGGCUCCAAGUUAUAAUCAGACACUUCCUUCUAUUUACCAAAUAGUCAAUGGGCUAUUUUUUUUUUAAUGUAGAUAUGCACACAUGUAUGUUUGUCCAGUGCACACAGUCCACUUCUGCUCUUUGUUACUUUUUGUAGGCACCAAGUUUUCUGGCUGGAUCAGUCUGUAGUGCAAAAGCUGUAGGGGUUUGAGUGCUUCCAGAUGAAGGGAAAUCACACUUUUUCCCAGUUAAGCAGCCAAAUUGGUUAGACAUCCUCGAUAAUUUUGUAGGUCAUUGUUUAUUUUUUCAAGCUUUCAACAUCCAAAGAGAUUUUUGUCUACUCUGAUUGAUCUGAUGAAUCUAAGUGAAGAAAUCGAGAGCCAGUUCUGGUUAACAUGAUGUACUUCAAUGAUGGUUUAAUUGGUUGCAAAACACAACAAGCUGUGUGAUGUUGGGCAACCACUCUCCCUAGUACAAAUACAGGUUUAUGUGCAAAUUCUUUGUGUGUGUGCGUGUGUAAAUGACUUUUGACUGAAUUCAGUUCAAAACAGAAAAAAAAAGAAAUCUUAGUUUUUUUUUUAACUGCACCAUGUUUUAUUUCUUUUGGUUUCCUAUCUGUUUUUGUAUUUAUUAUUACAGCAUAUGUGUUCAUAGUUUUUCACAUCAGCUGCUCUGUGAGCUUGUAACUGACACCUGUACAUAAGGACAAUAAAGAAGCAAAGUAAUACACUUCUUGUACCCUUGCAGAAAGCUGAGCAAUAAAACUAUGCUGUUUGGACCUCACAGCAUUAUGUUUUAUAGA